GUCAAAGGCUUAUGUAUAGGUAUUCUAUAUAUAAUUCCAUUGUAUUUCUUUAUUUUCUUGUAAAUGCCUGCAAGGAAAUGAACGUCAAUGUAUAUAAUUACAUACACUUACUUUGGUAAUAAUUUUACUUCUACUUUGAAAGUAUUUUGUCUAUUAAGAAACAAUACCUUUCAUACUAGCAAGGCCAUUUCGUCUUAAAUCGGCUUUGUUUCCCACGUGAACAAUUACCGUUUCCUAAUGCUCAUAUUAUCGCUCAAGGCUUUACAUAUGGGUAUAGUUACCUUCACUAACGUUGUUGGUCUGCUAGGACAUCGAGAUGUCCGUAGGACUGCUGCGGACUGAAACGGAAUGGGAUUCCAACAGGAAGUCGGAACACAAUCAAGUAUUUCCGUGUACCACAUUUGCAGUCUGGAGUUUAUAUUUAGGUGCGGUGUGACCUCUACAAACGGGCUUCCCGACAACGGCUGUUAUUGUUUGACGCUUCUGUUACCAACCCCUUUUCCAAUUGAUGCUUAUGCGUCAGUUUCGGAAUGCCGAAAAGCGAGGAAGAGGUCUAGCGGUUCCAUGUGUGACUGAUUUGUAUUGGAUUCGGAGUAACAAUCAUUUCACAAACAAGAAAAAAAUCUGCAGAUUCUGGAAUUCCGAGCAACACACACAAAAUGCUGGAAGAACUCAGCAAGCCAGGCAACGUCUAGGUAAAGAGUACAGUCAACGUUUGGGGUCGAACCCCAUGAUGUUUCGGGCAUUUUGUGUGUGUAACAAUCAUUUCGUUUACUUUUACGCUAGUGUACAGAAGAGUGACAAUAAAUAAUAUUGAAUUUAUAUGGAAAAAUAUUCUAUAUGAGCGAUAGUUGUACCUGUUUUCUAUAGGAAAUCAAUAAAUAAAAAAAGGUAAAAUAUAUGCACAGUACGUGGCAAUUCUGCACCAUGAGCCGCGCGGAAUCCUCCUGUACGUGGUGAUACAGUGAUCCCGCAGGAAGACCGUGAAGCUCCAGUGAGGAGUAUGCCAGGAGGAGGUGUAAAAGAUCCAGCCUGCGCUGUAACGAUGGUCACAAGCAUCACACCCUCCACCUCCGUCAGCCUGUCAGCUACUGGGUCCGAGAGCUUGUUUCUUUACCAACUUCCUCUUCCGGUUGCUGCCCGCGACUCGGAGAUAAAGAGACGUGAAGAGCAGACCGGGGCUGCGCUGGUGGAAAGUAGCCCAGGAGGAGACGAGGCUGGGACCGGAGGCGAUGAAGGGCGGAGCAGCUCUGCUUUCCGUGCUGCUCUUCCUGGGCAGGGCCGCGGGCGGCGGCGCUGGCUCCAACGGCACGCCCGCCGGCAGGAGUUGGGCCCCAGAGCCGGAGAGCGAGGACUGUUUCUGUCAUUUGACAGGUGUUUUGGACGAUUGCUUCUGCGACAUUGAAAGUAUCGAUGACUUCAACAGUUACAAGAUUUUUCCUAAAUUACAGAAAUUGCAAGAAAGAGACUACUUCAGAUAUUACAAAGUAAAUUUAAAGCGACCCUGUCCUUUCUGGUUAAAUGAUGGGCACUGUUCGAUUAAGGACUGCCAUGUAAAGCCUUGUUCUGAGAGUGAGAUUCCAAUUGGAAUUAAAGCAGCUAAUUACAAUAAAGAAGUGAAUGCAGAAGAGUUACAAGACUGUGAAGAAGCAAAUGAGCUGGGAGCUGUCAACAGCACAUUAAGCAACCAAACAAAAGAGGCUUUUAUUGAUUGGGCAAGAUAUGAUGAUGCACAAGACCACUUCUGUGAGCUUGAUGAUGAGCUGUCACCUGAUGCAGAAUAUGUGGAUCUCCUCCUCAAUCCUGAGCGCUACACUGGAUACAGGGGUUGGUCAGCCUGGAGGGUGUGGAAUAGCAUCUAUGAAGAGAACUGUUUCAAGCCUCGCUCUGUAUAUCGUCCUCUGAAUCCAUUAGCACCUAGCAGAGGAGAUGAUGAUGGUGAAUCCUUCUACAAUUGGUUGGAAGGUCUUUGCCUUGAAAAGAGAGUAUUUUACAGGUUAAUUUCUGGACUCCAUGCUAGUAUUAAUAUACACCUUUGUGCCAAGUAUCUCCUCGAUGAUGGGUGGGGAAGAACGAGAUGGGGACCAAAUUUAGAAGAAUUUCGAUUUCGGUUUCACCCUGCUGAAACAAAAGGAGAAGGUCCAAGAAGGUUGAAAAACCUUUAUUUUUUAUACUUAAUUCAACUGAGAGCUUUGUCAAAAGUAGCUUUGUACUUUGAGCGUUCAGUUGUGGACUUGUACACUGGAAAUGCAACGGAAGAUGCAAUUACCAAAGAGCAGCUACUGGAGGUUCUCAAUGAAACCAAAUCAUUUCCAAUGCAUUUUGAUGAGAAGUCAAUGUUUGCAGGUGAUAAGAAAGAAGCUAAGACAUUAAAGGAGGAAUUCAGACUCCAUUUUAAGAAUAUUUCACGGAUCAUGGACUGUGUUGGGUGUGACAAGUGCAGAUUAUGGGGUAAACUGCAGACUCAGGGCUUGGGUACUGCACUGAAGAUUUUAUUUUCUGAGCGGGAAAUUAAGAAUCUCCCUGAGCGCAGUCCUUCAGCUGGUUUUCAGCUAACCCGACAGGAAGUUGUUGCUCUGCUGAAUGCAUUUAGCAGACUUUCAACAAGCAUACAAGAGUUGCAGACUUUCAAAAUGCUGUUAAAGGACAGAAGGUAACAAAUGCUGUGGAAAUAGUGAUGAUUGAUGCAAAGCAGAGACUUUGUAAAGUUGCCUAGUCUUUGGCACUUUACAGAACUUCAGGGAUCCAGUGGCCAUUGCACAAUUUACUGUAUUGCAUUGGCUGAAGAACUACAUCCAGAUAAAGGCAGAGAUGAAUUGGGUAUGGUAAUAGUGAGCAACUAUUUAUAUUUCAAUUAAUAGCAUUUCUUCCUUACCUAAUACAAUGAAGUGCUCUUAAAGUUUUAGAUUAUUCCCAAAACUUACGGCAUUCACCAUGUGUAAGCUUUUUACUGGUUUAUUGGUAUAAAUAUUAAUUUGGUCUCAAAUACCACCAAAACUUACCCACUAAAGAAAUUUAAAAAUUCUGUUGCUAUGGAUUUGUCUACUAUUAAUGGAGUAUAAUUUUAUUUUUGAUUCCCGCUGUUUCAGAGCACCUCCCUUACCUCCAAUUGUGUUGGCAAUGCAAAAGGUUCUUGAGAAUAUUUAAUUAUCUUUGAUCAUUGAUUUAUUGAAGCUCUAACUGACCUUAAAGAUUAUCAGAGUGUGUAAAAGAUAGUUUCUGAAUCUGAUGUCUUUACUUUUCCAAAAGAAGAAAAUAUUUUACUUUGGAGUGGAUAACUGUCAUUGUGUCAUUUGUAUAUUGUGAUAAAAUGUGACUUUUGUAAUUUAAAAAAAAUAAAAGCAACCAUUGGGUGGGUUGUGACUUUAACUGCUGUGCAAUGAACUAUGGACUUUUAAGCAAAAUUUUAUCCUGUGGAGAAAUGGAAGAAGUUUUUAAAUGUUGGUAAUGAAUUCAUGUGAUGGAUUUUAAGACCACUUCAAAAAGAAUUUACUGACUGCUACAUUUAGAACAACUAAUAUAUUAAAUCUAAAAAUGUCUCCUUCAAACUUUGGUAAUAGUCUGAAAUACAAAUCAAAAGCAAUAUGAUUUAAUCCACUUUCCACAUAAAAUAAUUUUCAGUAUCAUGGAGUUGUUUCUAAUGACUUCUAAUUUCACACUGCAGCAUCUGUUAUUCAGCAUUUAAUUCAGUGGAUUGACCAAAUAUGGCUGUUUAAUCUUAUGUACAGGAUGGGCUGCAUCCUUUUGAAUCUAGAAGCAAAUAUGUGUGACUCCUUAAAUGUGGUUAUAAAGUAAGUUAUUAUUGGAGCAUAAGCAGCAAAGCUAUAUAUAUUGGAGCAAAUAAUAGCAAAUAUUUUUAUGUAAACAAGUCUUUCCUUUUUUGUGCAUGACUAUUGUUGAAGCCUUUCCAUCAUGGGGUGGAAGUUGGAGAAAAUCUACAAUGAUCUCAAUGAAUGAUAGAGCAGUUUUAGAGGCCUGAUCGUGCCGUGUUCAUAGUUUCUUUCUCUCUUUGUCCUUGUUUACUUUUCUCUUAAACUAUUCCAAUUGCACAAAAUGGCAGCAAGUUUUACAUUCUUGCCUUUUGACUUCCCAGUUAUAUAAUAAUACCACAUAAUAGUAAAUAUAUUUCAUGUGAACAAGUCCUUUAGUUUGAUGCAAGGCUAUUGCUGAAAUCUUUCCAACCUCAUUUAGCUGGUGUUAAAUUUAGCCUGGUUCAUAUAGUUAGAAUACUGAGAUCUGUAAUGAUCAAAGAUUGUGCUGCUGGUAAAAAUGUCCUCUGCACUUCGUAGCUUCAUACCAACAAUAGUUCCCCUGUGUAAAUCUGGAUUUGCAAAGCUAACAGGCAUUCUUAAUGUUAGCUAGUUCUUUACAGUUGUUUAAUAGAAUGAUGUUGGUGUAUUGUGGGGAAAAAUUAAAGAAUUAGUUUAAGCUCUUAUGUAACAGCAACAUUGGAAUGUGCAGCACAGAAAUAGUCCAUUUAACCAAAAGAUUUGCGUCCACGUUUAGCUUACACGAGCCAUUCCUCGGUGCCUCUGUUCCUCUUCUAAACUUGCUACACAUGCAGCAAGUACAUCCGUAUACAAAUCUGAAUUCCAGUUUGUGCAAUUUUAUGGUCCUUGCUUUCUUAACCAAGUUAUUUCUCCAGAGUAAUAGUAAGCCAGAGAGUGGUGGAAAAAUGCAAGGGUAUUUUACAGAAAAUUUUAAAGAACUAAACAAAAAUGUAGAUAGAGGAAAUCUGAAAUAUAAAGCAUAACAGAUGAAGGAUUGGUGAUUGAAAUACUACCCUGCUUCUCUUUUUACGUGUCGCCUGCUUAGUAUUUCCAGUAUUUAUUUUAGGAAUAUUCUGUUACAAUGAGGAUGGAAAUUAUAGGUCUACAAUGAUCUCAGUGAAUGAUAAAACAGGUUUAGAGGGCUGUCUGGCCGGAUCCUGUUGUGUUCAUAACCAGCAUUUUCCUCUUGUUUAUUUUUCUCUUAAACUAUUCUCAUUGCUCCAAAUGGCAACAUGUUUUGUCCUCUCGCCCCUUAAAUUCCCUGUUGUAUUAUCGGUAAUUGUCUUUUAUUUUAGGCUAAUUUUUAAUUUCUCCUCCCUGUGAGAAGUGAUCCCCUGUUAAAGAAUGAUGCAUUAGAUUGGAUAGAGAGACCUAUGAUUUUUUUAAAAACAUGAGAUUAACCCUGCAGGGCUUUUUUUUUUGGUCUUCCUACAGUGACUUAUUUAGAGGAUUGCUUACGCUAUAUUUAUCUUAGCUGUUCUGAAGCCGCUUCUUGUCACAAAUAUGGAGCAUGGAUUUUGAGAAAUCUCAUUGAGUUAUAAUCAGUAGUUAAGUUUUCUCUACCAGUGGUCUUUUUGUUUUGAUAUGGCUUGUAUGGUAUGACCAGCAUUCUGCCAUCUUUAACUGCCCAUAAGAAGGUGGUGCUGAACAAAUUAUAUAUAAUGGUUUGCUGUUCCCAUACACCUACACUUUUUCCCCUCAUUUUGGUAAAGUUUACCAGAUCGUCUAUUGCUGUUGACAGAAAAGGCUUUAAGUUGCUUGAGUGUCAGUCUUGUUUAUGGUGUAACUGAGUCACAGCAUGUUAUUGAUGGGAAGCAGUGAGUGUUAAGGUGGUGGAUGGUUUGCCUGUGAGGUGUUGAGCUUUAAGUCAGUGCAAUUGUGAUCAUCUUGGCAACUGCUGAAUAUCUAUCUACCUUUGUAGCUGUUGAAGCUUUGGAAAUUUGAUGCAUAUGUCACAUGCCACAAAAUAUCCACCAUCUGAUCAGCAUUUACAUACAUUGUAUUUUUACAUUUGGUCCUGUAAGUUUUACCAUGGAAUCUUUUAAUAAGGUUAGGUAGCCCAUAAGUAAUGAUUCCCUGGUUUUUAAUGUAGAAACUCUCUACCAUGUUUUGAAAAAUAAUUUGAUAAAGGCAUGUGUAAACUUAAUGAACAGCUAAGGAAAACAGAAGUAAACAAUGCAAAAAUAUAUUUAAUCCUGGCAUUUUAAAUAAUCUAUCACCAUUAAAGUUUUGGUCUCUCUAAUGAUGUGCAAUUUCAGAAUAAUUACAAUGUUAACCACCAUUCUUUUAGUACUUGUUGCAUCACUCAUUUUCAAUUGAAACUGGCAAUGACGUUCCAUUAUAAGUUCUUCAGUUGUGGAUAGAUAGAAAAGCAAGCAGCAAAAUAAAAAGCUGAUUGCAAUGGAAAAACUUGUUUCUAAAUUGCAGUAGUUGUUUUUAAAUUGCUAUUUUGAACACAACUUUGACUGGAAUAACUCAAUGCUGGAGGAACUGAGCACGUCAGGUAGCAUCUAUAGCAAGGAAUAAAGAGUUAAUGUUUUGGACCAAGACCCUUCAUCAGAUCUUGGUCCAAAACUAAAAGUUAACCCUGAUGAAGGAGAUAAUGAAUCAGAUCCUGAUGAAGGGUCUUGGCCCAAAACUCAACUCUUCAUUUCUCUCCGUAGAUAUUAACUGAUCUGAGUUCAACCAGCGCUUUGUGUGUGUGUUACUCUGGAUUUCCAGCAUCUGUAAAAUAUCUUGUGCUUGUAUCUGGAAUAACCAGACCUGUAUGCAAAACAUUGUUCCUUUGACUGUUUUUGUCUAACUUUUGCUUUAUAACUCUUAAUCUAAGCAACUAUGUCCGUUUUAGCAGCAGCUUCAGCACCUGUUUGCUUUAACACUUUACUAAUUUUCAUCUGCAUGAUCAACGCUAAUAUUUCAAUGCAACAGUGCUCUGCCUUAAGCAAAAUAAGUGCUCCAUUAAUGUGACAAAAUUGAUUGUAUUUUGUGUUAUCUUUGAUCACAACUCAUCUAAAUUCUUUGUCUUUCCUAGUUUGAAGUUUUAAGGAGUUUUAAGUUCCUGUCAAUUUACAUGUAUCAAACUGGUUUUCAACUUAGAACUAAGUGUUUUGGAAUGCAUCCUCUGUUUACUACACUUGUCAUGUAUUUAUUUAAAGAAAAAUAAAAUUUUAUUGGUGA